UCCGCUGACCGAGCGGCGCAUGCGCUAGGUGGAUUAGCGGUCUAAUACAAGCGUUGUGGGGGCGACGCUUACGCAGCUUCGUUUGUGGAGGGUCUUUUUAUUUUUUGAAGGUGGGGGGUCCCUUUCCUCACAUUACGCUCGUGGUGAUGAUCGCAAAUGCGUGAGAGGCUCGCUUUAUUUCUGAGGUUAACAUCGCUUUCAUAAUAAGCCUGAGCAGUCGCUCCUUGUGUGGAAACCAGGCUGUGCAGUGAAACCAUCUGCUGUCCAGCCCAACUCUGUCAGGAGACUUGUCUGGUGUUCUCAGCUUGAAGAAGAUCUACAGUCAUUAUUGAUCCCUUUUCUUGGCGUUACCUUUUUGAAGUGAAGUUUACCUAGCUUUCUAGUGUGAGCUUUCUUUUCAGACAUCUCUAACGUUUGAUCCAUAAUAGACAAUCUAUAGUUCAGCAAUGUCCAAGUCGUUCCACCAGUCAUCUCUAAGUAGGGAUUCCCAAGGUCAUGGACGUGACCUAUCUGCAGGAAUAGGCCUUCUUGCUGCUGCUACUCAGUCUUUAAGUGUGCCAGCAUCUCUUGGAAGGAUGAACCAGGGUACUGCACGCCUUGCUAGCUUAAUGAAUCUUGGAAUGAGUUCUUCAUUGAAUCAACAAGGAUCUCAUAGUGCACUGUCUUCUGCUAGUGCAUCUUCCCAUGCCUUACAGUCUAUAUUUAACAUUGGAAGUAGAGGCCCACUCUCUCUGUCUUCUCAGCACCGCGGAGAUCCAGAGCAGGCCACUAACAUUCUGGCCAGCUUUGGUCUGUCUGCUAGAGACUUAGAUGAACUGAGUCGUUACCCUGAGGACAAGAUCACUCCUGAAAACUUGCCUCAAAUACUUCUGCAACUUAAAAGAAGGAGAGCUGAAGAAGGCCCUUCACUGAGUUAUGGUAGAGAUGGCAGAUCAGCUGCACGGGAUCCACCAUACAGAGUUCCUAGGGAUGAUUGGGAAGAGAAAAGGCAUUUUAGAAGAGAUAGCUUUGAUGAUCGUGGUUCUAGUCUCAACCGAGUGGUUGACUAUGAUCAUGGAAGUCGUUCUCAAGAAUCUGUUUAUGACAGAAUGGAUUAUGAAGAUGACAGAUUAAGAGAUGGAGAAAGGUAUAGGGAUGACUCUUACUAUGGUGAAACCUCGCAUAAGUAUCGUAAAUUUGACAGUGAGUAUGAGAGGAUGGGUCGUGGCCCUGAGAGAUCUCUCUUUGAGAAAAAGAGAGGUGCUCCUCCAGAUAGCAGUGUUGAAGACUUCCAUGGACUCUUACCGAAGGGCUAUCCCCAUCUGUGUUCUAUCUGUGAUAUGCCUGUUCAUUCCAAUAAGGAGUGGAACCAGCAUAUCAAUGGAGCAACUCACAGUCGACGUUGUCAACUUCUCCUGGAAAUAUAUCCUGAAUGGAACCCUGAAAGUGAUUCUGGACAUGGAAUGGGUGAUCCGUUUAUGUUGCAGUCAACAAAUCCUGCCCCGGGAAUUCUGGGGCCGCCACCGCCACCAUUUCAUCUGGGAGGGCCACCACCUGGGGCAAGAGGGUCUGGAAAUGGAAGUAUGCAAGGACCAAGGCACCUGCAGAAAGGCAGAGUGGAAACAAGCAGAGUUGUGCACAUCAUGGAUUUUCAGAGAGGGAAACACCUGAGAUAUCAGCUACUGCAACUUGUUGAACCAUUUGGAAUAAUUACAAAUCACCUAAUCUUGAACAGAAUUAAUGAAGCAUUCAUUGAAAUGUCUACUACUGAAGAUGCACAAGCAGCAGUGGAGUAUUAUUCAGCAACUCCAGCCAUAGUGUUCGGCAAACCCGUGAGAGUCCAUUUAUCACAGAAAUAUAAAAGAAUAAAGAAACCAGAAGCGAAGCCUAACCAAAAAUUUGAGCCUCCAAAAGAAGAACUUGGCCGUGUGAUCCAUCUCAGCAAUCUUCCACAUUCAGGAUAUUCUGACAAUGCUGUACUUAAACUAGCUGAGCCCUAUGGAAAAAUAAAGAAUUACAUACUGAUGAGAAUGAAGAGUCAGGCUUUCAUAGAAAUGGAGACCAGAGAAGAUGCUGAAGCAAUGAUGGAGCACUGCUCCAACAAAGCUCUUUGGUUCCAGGGAAGAUGUGUGAAAGUAGAUUUGUCUGAAAAAUACAAGAAACUAGUUCUAAGGAUUCCCAACAAAGGAGUAGAUCUGUUGAAGAAAGAUAAACCAAGAAAAAGAGGUCUUUCUCCAGAUAGCAAAGACUCUGGAAGUGAGAAGAAAUGUAAGACUGAAGGCAGUGACAAAAUGGAAAGCAAUAGCACUGAAGAUAAAGAAGAGAAGAGAGAUGAGGCAGAUACAAAUGACAAUGAUCAGGCAGACCAGGAGGAACCAAGUUUACUCCUUGAAUCUGAAGAUGAACUAUUAGUGGAUGACGAGGAAGCAGCAGCAUUACUAGAGAGUGGAAGCUCAGCAGCAGAUGAUACGGAUGUAGCUAACUUGGGUGAUGUGGCUUCUGAACAAAAGGAGGCAGCUGGUGAUGAUGCUACUGCAAAAUCUGAAGAGAAUGCUACAGCUACAUCAACGGCAAAAAAACUCAAAAAGCGACAUGUAGGUGGAUUUCCAAGGAGCAUGGAAGGCUUUGUGACUCUAGAUGAAGUUGGUGAUGAAGAAGAUUUAGAUCACCAAAAACUACGUAAAUCUGGUAUUAUACCUGCUGCAAAAACUGAGGGCAGCAUAACAGAAACUGAGGCUGUAAACGCAGAAGACGUGCAGCAAGAAAAUGAGGCACUGGAAAAUGGUGCUAAAAAUGAGAAUUUGAAGUCAGAACUAUCCGAAGUGACAGACAGCACAGUGUCAGAAGAACAAGAUAAAAAAGAAAACACAGAAGAGCAAGAAAGUAAGACUGUCCGUGAAGCACAGGACACUCCAGAUGAAAAUAGAAUUGGACCCUAUCAGCCAAGUGUUCCUGUUGGUGUGAGCUAUGUGGUGCCCCGAACUGGAUUUUACUGCAAGUUGUGUUCCUUGUUCUACACCAAUGAAGAUGCUGCAAAAAAGGUCCACUGCAGCAGCCUUUCACAUUAUCAAAAGCUGAAGAAACAUAUGGAGAAGGCUGAAGACAAGAAACAGAAAAAAGAGACUUAAAUGCAAAAAAGAGGUUUGCCAAUUUAAGGAA